GGCCUGAGCAGGGAGGGAUCCGUGGGGAGCAUCCCUGUCCCGGGAGAGAGCAGGAGGAGCUCCCCUUCCACCACCACGUGUGGUUUGAUGGAAAUCAAACCCUUCCCUCGGAUAAACUCGGCUUAAACCUUUGCGCCGAAGGAACCCGGAGCCUCACCUGGAAGGAGGGAUCUCAGCCCCACCUGAGCCCAGGUGAUGGGGCGCUGAGUGGGAAUUCACCGCUUUUAUCGCUGUUUUUGGCAGCUCUGAAGGACCCCAAAUCUUCCCCUGGAAGGAGCCGAUGCGAUGGAGGGAGAUCAGCCCCACCUGAGCUCAGACCCGACCACGCCGUACCUGAGGAAGGCUCCCACCCCGCCCGGCCAUGAGGACGCCGACACCGCCGUGAUCGCAGUGGUGAUCACCCUGGUGUUCCUGACCCUGCUGACCGUGCUGGUGGUGAUUGGGAUUUACCUGUACCGGAACCAGGGCUCCUACCUCACCUACGAGCAGCCCGAGCCCGACACGGCCCCGCGGGAGGAGCCCCCGGCCAAGGACAAGGAGGAAUAUUUUAUCUAAGGACACGCCCGGGGUCCACACAAGUCCCAAAAUUCCCUGGAGAUGGAGGCCUAUGCGAAUUUUCAGGAGUUAGGAUGCUACCUGAAUUCCCUGGCAUCGGGGAU